AUGGCCACAAGUUGUCUCUUUCCACCUUCUGAAAUCCUCUUCCUCCUGUUCCCCCCCACCGCAGUGUCGUCCCGCCUGUCCCAGACGUCGUCCCCGCAGUCCGGCUGCCCGUCCCCCUCCAUCCAGGGCAAGGUCCUCUCCUCCUCCCAGAAGCACAGCAAGAAGGCUCUCAAGCAGGCCCUGAAGCAGCAGCAGCAGAAGCAGCAGCAGCAGCAGCAGCAGCAAUGCCGGGCGGGCAUGCCCGUGUCCUCUAACCAGCACGUCCUGCUCAAGGCCGUCAAGGCAGCCGGGGACUGUGCUCCGGGCAAGUCAGGUUGGGAAGGGAAGCAGGCAGAUGGGCAGUCCAGCAGCCCCCAGAACUCCACCUCCAGCUCCUCUCUCUCUGUGAAGCUCGAGAACUCCCUGCCAGGGCUGGGGAAGAAGCCGUUCCAGAGAUCCGACAGGCUCCACGCAAGGCAGCUGAAGAGGGCCAAGUGCGCCGAGAUCGACGUGGAGACGCCCGACUCCAUCCUGGUGAACACGAACCUGCGGGCGCUGAUCAACAAGCACACCUUCUCCCUGCUCCCCGCCGAGUGCCAGCAGCGCCUGCUGCUCCUGCUGCCCGAGGUGGACAGGCCGGUGGGGGCUGACGGGCUGAUGAAGCUCAGCGGCUCCGCGCUCAACAACGAGUUCUUCACCUCGGCUGCCCAGGGCUGGAAGGAGAGGCUGUCGGAAGGAGAGUUUACCCCGGAGAUGCAGCUCCGAAUCCGGCAGGAAAUCGAAAAGGAAAAGAAGGUGGAGCUGUGGAAGGAACACUUCUUUGAGAGCUACUACGGCCAGAGCUCUGGGCUGAGCCCCGAGGAGUCGGAGCUGCUGACGGCGCAUCCCGAGGCGGAGCCCGCCCAGCCCCGCAGCGCCCCGGCAGCCCCGCGCCGGGACCACGGCACCUCUGCCCCCGAGCCCAAAGCACAGGCAGCCCAGGAAGCACCAGCAGUGAAAAAAGGGGGAGAGGAAGGAAGAGAGGACGCACCAAAGCCAGCCAAGCCCCCCGAGGCCUCGGCUUCCCCAGACAGGCGGGCGGCGAAGCCCAGCGACCGUUCCCUCCCUGGCAGGGAGAGAGUCCAAGGAGAAUCCAGCCAGGAGAAACCCCAAACUGCCGCCAGGCAGAAGCCAGAGGAAGAGAGGAAGCACAGCGCAGCCAAGGAGGUGCCAGGGAAGGAGACUGUGGGUGCCCCCAGCAAACCAAAGAGCCCCGAGGCAGGGGAGGCAGCAGCGAAGGGGCAGAGCCUGGCGGUGGCUCCGGCCCCACCGGAGAAGCCCCCCGUGGGGGAGGACAUGGAGGUCAGCGUGGAGGCCCACAAGAGGAAGUCGGAGAGCCGUGAGGAAGCUCCAGCCACUCCUGAGAAGAAGCCCCGGGUGGUGGAGCCCUGUCAGCACCACCAGGCAUUUCGGAGCCAGCCCCAGCCCUUUCCUGCCGGGCCCCCCGUGCCACGAGUGCCCCCCCUCAAGAUUCCCGUCUCCAGAAUCUCCCCGAUGCCAUUUCCUGCGGGCCAGGUCUCUCCCAGGGCACGUUUCCCCUUCUCCCUCACCAGUCCGGGCAGGACAGGGGCCAGGACCUUGGCCGACAUCAAGGCAAGGGCCCAGCAGGCCAAGGCUCAGAGGGCAGCGGCCGCCGCUGCCGCCGCCAGCGCCGCCGCCGCCGCCUCGGCCGGGGGGGCUGUGCCGGGGCCCGGCCCGGGCGGGGGGACACGCCCGAGUAGCGGCACCACCCAAACUGGAACGGCAGCGGGACACGCACUGGAACUGGCAGGAACUGGAAGCGGGGGAGGUUCGAGAAGGUUUCUUCCCCACUGCCCAGGGCCCCGUUCCCAAAUGGAGAACGCCCAGGCCGCGGAGCAGGGAGCUCCUGGCGAUCCUUCUGGAGCACAACUACAGCCAAGGGUCCCCAGCCAGCCCAGAGCCCCCGGCCCCUGCCCCGCAGCACUAGGGCACGUGGGGGCCAAGCCGAGCCCCCCGCGGGUGACGGGGACCCCGGGGACGGAAUCCCCGCGCGCCGGGAGCGGGGACGGAGCGGGGACGGCCCCUUGUGCCGCGGCCCGCGGGGCUCCGGCGGGCGGGGACGGGCCCGGCUGUGGCACCGGCACCACCGGAACCGCAGGAGCACCUCCGGCCUCGGGAGGGACCGGCUCUGACGCUUCCAAAAGCGAAUCCCCUUCCCCCCCGGCGUCCUCGCUUCCAUCCGCAGGCCCCGAGGCCCAGGCUGGAGCUGUGGGCGCUCCUGCCCCCGUCCCACCCUGCAGCGCUUCCUCAGCAGCACCCAGCCUUAAAACCCCGCCCAAACCCAGCUCCAGCAUUCCUGCCAACAACCCUUUGGUCACCCAGCUGCUCCAAGGCAAGAACGUGCCCCUGGAGCAGAUCCUGCCGAAGCCGCUCACCAAAGCGGAGAUGAGAACGGUGCCCUUGGCUCCCCGGGAAGAGCAAGGGGCGGCGGCUCCCGGCGCUCCCGGCGCAGCGGGGAACGGCGCUGGGGCCGAGGCGGGGGACAGACCGGCGGGGUUACCCUCACAGCAGCUCGGGAAGAUCUUCUGCCAGAACAGGCCUCUGCCUCACAUUCCAAGGACCUUCCCGCUCCCCUCGGGAAAGGACCCCGGCCAUGAGCAGCACCAGUGCCACGAGGCGCUGAGCAAGGCCACCCAGGAGCAGAUCCUUCAGACCCUCAUCAAGAGGGUGCAGAGGCAGAACUUGCUGCCCGUCCUUCAGCCCUCGCAGCUGAACCUCCCCCACUCAGGUUUCCCGGUGGAAAACAGCUCCACCAGCCAGAGAUUCAUGCUGGGCUUCACGGGCAGGAGGACGUCCAGGCCUGCCAUGUCCGGUCAUUACCUGCUCAACAUCUCCACCUACGGCCGUGGCUCGGAGAGUUUGAGGAGAGGCUUCUCCUUGAACCCCGAGCUCCGCCUGGGGCUGAGCAGUCCUGCGGAAGGUGCCAGGGCAGAGUUUGGGGAGUGCGAGGAGGCGGCCGGCCAGGGCGGCAGCAGCAGCGAGGAGGAGGACGCGGAUGACGAGAGCACCGGGGAUGAACGGGAGCGCGUGGGCGUCAAAGAGGAGCCUCAGGCCUCUGGUCAGUGUGAGAGAGAGCAGGGGUCUCACAGCACCAGCCCCGCUCAUCCCAGCUCCCUGGGGACGAGGGCUGGGAAGGCCGAGGCGGCCCCGGCCCCGCCGGCAGCCGGCACCAAGGAGAGCGCUCCGGCGCUGGACGGCACCGCGCUGGCCCGGGACCUGAUCCAGGCGGCGCAGGAGCAGAUGGCGCACGCCAUGAGGGGGAGGAUGCACGGCAGCCCGGAGCAUUUCGGGCCUCCUGCCCCGUCCCCGGACUCGGCGCAGCCUCCGCUGCUCCCGGCUCCGCACCCCCCGAAGCUGCCCGGGAACGCCGGGGCGCAGCUCCUGGGGUCCAGCUACAGCGGCACAAUAAACGUCUCCACCUCGCCCGACGUGAGCCAGGGCUCCCUCAUCUCGGGGCUGUCUGAGUGCAACCAGCUGGCCAGUUCCAUGGGCAACGUCAUGUCCUUCUCCGUCACCGUCACCACCAUUCCCGCCGGCCAGGCCGUGAACUCUGGCGGGCACGGGCAGAGCCUCCCGGUGCAGGCCUUCACCGAGGACGGCGGCAUGGAGGACUCCCCUUCCAAAUGUUACUGCAGGUUGAAAGCCAUGAUCAUGUGCAAGGGCUGCGGGGCCUUCUGCCACGAUGACUGCAUCGGCCCCUCGAAGCUCUGCGUCUCCUGCCUCGUCGUGCGGUAACCGGGACGGGGCGCGGGCACGAGGACGGCUGGGUUUAGGGUUUGCUUUCGGAAGUAUGUUGGGAAGAAACAGGAAUUUUACUGCCUUGCACAAGAGACACGUUACUGAAUCAGGAAAACAGAGUAGAGUCCUUCUUUCAUUAACGAAAGAGCACCUUCUUGUACAGGGAGUCGAAACCGCGCUCGACUGCGUGAAUUGUGACAAGAGUUUGCACUUAAGGAAUUAUGUAAAUAUGUCACGUUAUUUUGUUUAAAGAUAUUUUUUCAAUCUUUUA